AAGUGAAAAAAAGCUGAACCUUGAGGAGCAUCCAGACUUGCACAUAAUUAUCUUGGACUCAGUGAGCUCGUCAUAAUCAUUCAGAGCACUCCCUCGUACUACGAAUUUUCUCAUAAAUGGAAUGGAAGCUAUAACUUUUCGAAAGUUCAACAAAGUUGGUAAAAAUAGCAAGCCUAAUGCUUUUCCUGCCUUCUUUGGGAUAACAAUAGAGGAAGUCGAAAGGAUGGUUAUGAACUUGCCCCGAAUGAAAGCGGAUCUGUCGGAAGAAGAGUACUGCAAUACGUAUUUGGAUGAUCACGAGCUUAUACCUCUUGAGUAUAAGAAAAAAGGUUAUAAGAUUCUGAUGAUAGACGACUAUAGUGAAGGGUUUCUGACCUAUACGGGCUGCGUAGGAAUGAAAGCCGAACCGCAUCAUCACACGUACAGAGUUUUUGCGAAUAGAGUCGAGGACAAAGAACUGAAGGAAAAGUGGAAAGGCCUCUGUAAGGACUCUCUAGCAAACGAGUUAGAAUACCUCUCGCUUUUUCUAAACUCAUAUCAAGAUGUACCUAAAUUUUCGCUGUCCUGGAUGAAUGACAUAGCUCAUGACGACGCAAGAAGUCUGUACUCGAACGAUUACGAUCUUUAUACUUUUUUAAAAAAACACAAAAAUAUGUUCAAAAAUUCAUUCUUCUUCUUUUACGGAGAUCACGGCUGCAGAUUUGGAGAGGAAGGUGAAGUUGCAGGAAGAUCAGAAUCUUCUAACCCCUUUCUGUACGUCGUGAUUCCGGAACGCUAUCGACAAUCACCGAUAUAUAAACAGCUUCUAAAAAACAGUGAAGAGCUUGUGACACCUCAUGAUCUUCAUUCGACUUUCAAAGAUAUCCUAUAUUUCCAACCUCAAUACAACUUCACGGACAUCAGUUUCAAAAACUUCACAAGUAAUCCACGUGGAUCCUCACUACUUCGUCAAUUUCAACUGAAUAUGAGUCGCAACUGCAAAACAUUGCCGAUCCCUUACACGUACUGCUUAUGUCAAUAUGGUAGAAAAAACGUGAGGAAUACACUGGAAAAUCAUGGCAAUGUGACAUUCAAUCAAAUGUUCGGGCAACCUGCUAUCGAAAGACUCAAUGAGAUCUUGAGUUUUCAUUCUCCGGAAUGUCAUCCUCUAGUGCUGGAUAAUGUUACAAGUGUUGAACUGUUCGUACUCCCAAAUGAAGAGUCGAUAAAAUUUGAAGCAAAUGCUUACGAUGUGACUUUCGCUGUAUCGGGGCGAGUUGAAGCAAUAUUCAAAGUUCCAGUUCGUGUAGAAGGUAAUGCCGUGAUGCUCGGAGAUACAUUCACCCGAAUAGAUGUUGACGAAAUCGUGACAGCGAACGAGACAUGGGUUUGUAGAGACCCUGAGAAUGGUAACGACUUGCAGACUACUGAGUCGAACAACGCCUCCUUAUCGUCAUAAACAAAAACUUUGAGCCCUUUUGAUCUCACUAUCAUCUCAAUCACUUCAUUUUUAUGCAAAAUGCAUGUAUAUUCAUGUCGUUGACAAAAAUUGACUUUUCCUUUACCUUUUAGACCUUGAAAACAUCUUGCACAUUCUUUGUUUACAG